AUGAUUGAUACUUUAAAAUCUCUUACUGUAGGUGCAGCACAAGGAAAAGAUGAUAAAAAGCUCAAUCGAAUCAUCUACAGCACAAAACAACUGGUAGAAUUGGAGAAGGAGUUUCAUUUGAACAGAUACCUUUGUAGAACGCGAAGAAUUGAAAUUGCUUUAUCUCUUGGCCUCACCGAGAAGCAAGUCAGAGUUUGGUUCCAAAAUCGUCGAAUGAAAUGGAAAAAAGAGAGUGAGUUUGUAGAAAAGGCUCUGGAAAAUGAAAUUCAGAAACGAUUGAAACACCUUAGUGCCCAAAAUAGAAAAGGCUUCAGCAGUUUAUCAAACGCAAGAAUCACCUCUCAUUCAAAUCCCUCUACAUACCAUAACUCGAUGGACUCUUUCCACCUUCAAAUGCGCAGCGAUAAUCACUCCAUCCCGGAGGAAAACUGUAGUACAGGUUGUAUUUCUAUGCCACAAGCAAUCUGGAGCCAAGGAACAUGUCAGCAUUUCGACAAUCACUAA